AUGAUUGAAUCUGUUAGAAUAGUCCUGGAUCACCACCACCACGGCGGCGGCGGCGGCUCGACAAAAAGGUCAUCCGUCUCAUCGGCACGACUACCGGACGCGCUCGCGUUGUGUCUCAAGGCGCGAAUGGAGACGAAAGAGUUCGAGUUUCGGCCGGCCAAAGAAACGUCGCGAUCAAAGAGCCCCGGAGGCGUGAUCGGCAGACUCAGCAGUUUUGCGCGCAGCAAAGCGCGGCACUCGCUUAGCGAGAAGGGCUCGAACUCAGUGAAUGGAAGUGGAAGCGGUGGCAACGGGUUCGAAAAACCCAGGAAGGAUCUUCUGAAAGAAUUCGCCAAGUGCCGUGAAAACAAUGAUCAACGACUUGACCUGAGCUCGAUCGAGAUCACCAGCAUUCCAGUCGCGAUUCGAGAUCUGACACAACUCACCGAAUUGUUUUUAUAUAAGAAUAAACUAACAUGUCUGCCAACGGAAAUCGGGCAACUAGUGAAUCUAAAAAAGCUGGGACUUAGCGAGAAUUCGCUUUGCUCACUGCCGGAUUCUCUUUCAUCACUGACGCACCUCGAAACUCUUGAUUUGAGGCAUAAUAAGCUCACUGAAGUGCCAAAUGUGAUCUACAAAAUUGAGUCACUCGAAACGUUAUGGUUGAGAUAUAAUCGAAUCGUUUCGGUCGACGAACAGAUUUGCAAUUUGAAACGACUGAAAAUGCUAGACGUACGGGAGAACAAAAUCAAGGAGCUUCCAGCAAGUAUCGGGAAACUUUCAAGCCUUGUUGUGUGCCUUUUAUCGUAUAAUCACCUCACGAGAAUUCCAGAUGAAAUCGGCGAGUGCUCGCAUUUAACUCAACUUGACCUCCAACACAACGAUUUAACGGAACUACCAACAACGAUUGGACAACUCAAGAAUCUUGUCAGAAUUGGAAUUCGGUAUAACAAGAUCCGAUGCAUUACGAGUGAACUCGAGAACUGCCAACAACUCGAGGAAUUCAUCGUCGAGAGUAAUCACUUACAGUCAUUGCCGCCGAAUCUUCUUACAAUGCUGCCCAAAAUCCAUACAGUCAAUCUUUCGCGAAACGAAUUGACCGCAUUCCCAACCGGCGGACCACAACAAUUCGCAUCGACGGUUACUAUCAAUAUGGAGCACAAUCAAAUCUCGAAAAUACCCAUCGGAAUAUUCUCGAAAGCCACCAAGUUGACGAAGCUGAACUUGAAGGAGAAUGAGCUCGUCUCGCUUCCGCUCGAUAUGGGAACAUGGACAUCAAUUACCGAACUCAAUUUGUCGACAAAUCAACUGAAGGUACUACCGGAGGAUAUCGAGAAAUUGGUGAAUUUGGAGAUACUUGUGCUCUCCAACAACCAGCUCAAGAAGUUGCCAACACAAAUCGGCAAUUUGAAGAAGCUCCGAGAGCUUGACCUCGAGGAGAACGAGCUCGAGAUAAUCCCAACCGAAAUUGGAUUUCUUCAAAAUUUGACCAAAUUGUGGGUGCAGUCGAAUAAGCUGAUGACGCUGCCGCGUUCGAUCGGCAACCUGUGUUCGCUUCAAGACCUGCGACUUGGUGAAAACAAUUUGACGGCGAUUCCAGAAGAAAUUGGACAUCUGGAUUCUCUGAAGUCGUUGUACCUGAAUGACAACGCCUCGCUCCACAAUUUGCCGUUUGAGCUUGCACUAUGUGCUUCGCUCGAAAUCAUGUCCAUUGAAAACUCGCCGCUUUCCCAAAUACCGCCAGAAAUCACGACUGGUGGUCCGAGUCUUGUGAUACAGUAUCUCAAAAUGCAGGGGCCGUAUCGUGGUGUAGUGCUCACACAGCAGCAACAAUAA